ACCACAGUCUCAUCAGCUCGGGCUUCGGACAGUAACUCGAAGCAGGAGAAGCCGGACGGGGUCCGGUUCGGUUUGGGACCCAGAAAGGUGCCAGACGCUCGACGCGAUGUCCAGGCGCAAACUUGGAAGCAGACCGCAGCACCUGAGUGCGAUUCAAGAUGCCACCGAUAUGCCUGAUGACACUGGCUCAUCAGGCGACCACCACCCACCCCUUCCUCCCCCUCUUCCCCCAAAUCUUCCUCCUCCGCAGGGUCGGGCUCCUGACCAGGGUCGCGACCUUCUAACCUGCGGCCAGUGCUGUCAGGCAUUCCCCCUCGCCCACAUCCUGGCCUUCAUUCAGCACAAACAGGGUGGCUGCACCUCCCGAAAUCUCGCCUCCAACGCCGCGCCACCCUCGCCCGCCGGCCGAGCGCGGCAGCAUGUCACCAGCGCCGAGCUGGGCCCCGGCUUCAUCGAGCUCAGGAGAGGGGCAGCCAGGGAGCCAGUCUGGGGGGAGGAGCCCAGCGUGAAGGUGAAGGCAGAGCACAGCAAAGCAGUGCCAGAGGAGCCCUCGUAUUUCAUCUGCCAGCAGUGUGAGGCCGUCUUCCAGUCCGCGUGGUUGCUCUUACAGCACGCUCAGCACACGCACUCCUUCAGCAUCUACCAGGAGGAUGAGGGCGACGCUGCAGUCAUGGAAGGAGGACGAAGUAGGGAUCUUAAAGACCACAAAACUGCUGCAGCCAUUUUGGACCCACGCCACCUGACCCAAGCGCUCGCUUCAGCCUUCCAACCCUCCGUCCCACGUCUUGGCCGUUCCCGUCAGUCCCACGGCCCCCUCUCCUCCUCGUCACCUGCCUCCUCCUCCUCUUCCUCGUCCAGGAACCUGCAGACUUUGAACUUUUCCGUGCGGCUCAGGGAGCUUGCCGAGGUGAAUAACAACACAACAAGUGGCUCCCCCGGAGGCCUGGUGCUGUCGCCCUCUUCUUCUCCACCGGCAGCUUCUCCUUUUCCUCAGAUAGGCGCCCUCCAGGCCGACUUCCACUGUGAGCUGUGUGACCAGAACUUCCAGUCCCUCCGCGCCCUCUCCGCCCACCGCCGGACUCACGCCUGCGAGCGGCCUUAUCACUGUGGUGUGUGCGGCCAGGCGUUCGCCCAGAGUGGCCAGCUGGCUCGUCACAUAAGGAGUCAUCACCGGGAGGCCGGAGGAGGAGGAAGUGGAUAUGAGUCUGUGGAGAUGGUCGAGGAGGAAGGAGGGAGGCAGGGGCCAAGAGGCAGGCUUCAGAUUCAGCCAGCGGGAAUCACGGGGAAGGGAGACCUGAUGGCCCACAUCCCCUCCGAGCUGGCCUUGACCUUCCCCAAACACCCAUCCUUGGCUUCAGGUCUAGUGCUGCUGCCCUCCCAGCUCAGACCACCAGAGAGGGAGCUGCUGAGGCUCUACCAGACCACCAGAGAGGGAGGUGAGGAGGAGACAGAGGUGCAUGCAGAGGCUCCACACACCUCGCCCUGCGCCAGCCCCUCUGAAGGCUCGCUGGAGAGCGGAGAGACGGGCGGCAGCGGCGAGAGCGGCAUCGCCAGCGGAAACUGCACUCCAAAACGUCCUGAGGUGAGCGACAAGGUGCGAGGUGUGGGAGAGUGGGAGAACGAAAGAACAAAAGAGAUCAUCGAGAAGGAGUGGAGCUCAGCCAAAGUCAGCGAGGCAGUGCAGGAGUGGCAGAGGGACAAUGAGCGGAGGACCGUGACGGGAAGCGUGAGCACAGCAGGCAGCGGUGGCGCGUCUGCUGGAGCGCCGGGGAAGAAGAAGAAGGACGAGGCCUGCGAGUUCUGCGGCAAACAGUUCAGGAACAGCAGCAACCUGACCGUGCACCGCCGCAGCCACACCGGCGAGCGGCCCUACCGCUGCGGCCUGUGCAACUACGCCUGCGCACAGAGCUCAAAGCUGACGCGCCACAUGAAGACCCACGGAGCCCAGGGCGCAAAGGCGUCCUUCUUGUGCCAGCUGUGCGCGGUGCCCUUCACCGUCUAUGCAACUCUGGAGAAACACCUGAAGAAGGUUCACGGCCUGAGUCACGCCAGCGUGGGAGCGUAUGCGCAGGCCAGCGCCGCAGAUACUCUGGCUGCAAUAAAAGCAGGGGGAAAAGCUGCAGCGGUGGUGAAAAUGGAGGAGGACGAAGCCGGAUUGGAUCAGAUAGAGGUGGAGAACAGAAUGCAGAGUAGCAUGUCCAGCACCAUGGAGGUGGAGGAAAGGCAAAGCCAAGAGUACAUUGAGAGCAGCAGGAGUCCAGCCAUAGCGAACGACCUCCCACCUGAGAGCAGCAUGGAGGCCCCUUUAGCUUUGACUCCUGCACCUUGAGAUUCUCUCAAAAAAAAAAGAAGCACUGUAUAGAAUUUAACCCCCUAUUUCAUAAAACAAAAAGAAACUGAGUUAAAGUGCAGUUUAAAGAAGCUGCAGGUGUGUGCGUCUGUGUAUAGAAAGCAGCUCCUUCUCGCCGCCCCCAGAAGACGUUGUUCACGAUUAUGUGCGCAGCUGCCAGUUGAAACUAAGUGCCUACAGUUCUUUUAGACCACAGAGAAAAACAAGGCCAUGACAUUCAGCAGGGAGAUUACCAUAGCUCUCGAACAGGAAGUGAACUGCCACAGUCCACACCGACACAGGAAACUGAUCACCAUGUUGCAGCGCAGGAUGCAAAAGACAUGUGAUUUAUGUCUCUGGUGACCCGCUGGACAGGUGGAGGCAGAUCUUAACUGCCACGCGGUGCAGAAAACGGUUUAUGUUGAAUUUAAAAAACAAAAAAAGGGAAAAAGCCUGACAAUAGAGCAACUUUAAUAUAUUUUCAGAUGGAGAGAGGUCAUAUUGUGCUGCAUAGCCAUUGCUGGUUUUCUUAUGAGAAGACCUUUUAAAGGCUAAAGCAGUUUGAACAGACACAGAGGGGGGAAAUGAAUCCAAACACUGCCCGCCUGCAGUUUCUCAGACUCCUCUUUUUAAAGGCGCUUGCUUGUCACAACACUUGUCACUUAACGUAAUGUUUACAAGGCUCGCGGGGGCCUAAAGCAAGGUUGUGCUCCUGACUUUGUCACAGUGUGUGUGGAUGACUAUCUGUUCUGUUUUUGUUUGUUUUGGGUUUUUUAAAUAUAAAUAUAAAUGUGAAACUAAGAGAAUUUAAAGUCUACUGAUGUUUUCCUUUCAUUUUUUUCUAUGCAUUUAAAAAAAAUUGAAAAAACACAAGAAAAACAGCAAUUUUACCUACAUGUGAAACGGGUGUGUAUUAUUUUUGUUUUUCUCUCAGUGACGGUUGUGAUGGUAAUAUCUGUCUUUCAUUGUUUACAUCUGUAAAUUACUGGACUGGUUGAAGCUCGUGCAUGCUUUGCAGUAACUUGAAUUUCUUUUCUUGCUUUCCUGUCUCUCAGUUCUUCCUAAUUUAUGGACGCUGCAUGUUUCGCCAGGUUUGGAGGGCUUGCACGAGUGAGUUGUAUGUACGUUUUUGGGCGUUUUUGUUUGUGUGUACAUAUCGCAGACUCUGCUUGAAGCCUCCAUUCUGGGAUCAGGUCAGAGCCUUCAGGCAGAUUGCCCCCACCCUUUUUUUCCCCUCUCGUGACUACUGUGAUGACUUUAUCUGAUGUCUGCUGCAUUCAGGUCAAAAUAAACUGAUGUGUUUUCUAAAAGUGGAUUAUGAAAGAGUGCAGUGUAACUGUUCAGGGAUUUAUUUUUAUGUAUGUAUAUAUACAUAUAUAUAUACUGACUUUAUUGCCAUUGCUUGCUGUUAAUAUUAUCUCCCUACAUUGUUUGCUUUUUUUCUAGGUUAUCGUGAAGCUU